AUGUCACGGAACAUAUUGGGUCGCAUGUUCGGCAUAACUAUCGGGCUGCUUUUCGCUUACGUCGCAAAAUUCCUACAUGACUGGGUACCCAAUUCCUCGCCCCACCCAUAUGCAUAACGUCGCGAUCGGGGACCAGGGGACGAGGCUGAGUUCCGAGUUACGCAGCUUCCUGACACACGAGUACUUGGAGAAGAUCAGGGCCUUAGUGCAGCCGGACGAGUUUACGGACGUGCAUUUACACAAUGAGGACGAAGAAGCGCUACGACUGGAGAGGGAGGUACGCGUGCUGUGUUGGAUCAUGACCAGCCCCAAGAAUCUAAAUCCAAGGCAACGGCCGUGCGACGCACGUGGGCGAGACGUUGUAACAAGCUUCUCUUCAUCAGCUCUGUGGCCAACGAGACGUUUCCAACUAUCGGCUUCGACUUGCUGGAAGGGCGCGAUCAUCUCACAGCAAAAACAAUGAAAGCUUUUCAAUACAUAUACGAGCACAAUAUGGACGAUGCCGACUGGUUUAUGAAGGCCGACGACGAUACGUACAUUAUUCUUGAAAAUCUGCGAUUUUUCUUGUCCGGUCAAAAUACAAACGAGCCGAUUUUCUUUGGCCACCAUUUUAAUAUCAUAAAUACGUUACCUGUUAUCUCUAGCUUACCCCUUUCCAAGGGAGUUAUUUCAUCCGGAAAAUAUUCAAGCGCUGGGAAUCGUCCACCUCUAUAAGAAUCCAAAUCAGGUUAAACAUAGUACAAUGCAACCUAACAGGAAAUCAAGAACCACAACUCAUCUUUCCUUUCCGGAUAAAACCAUGUGCACGCCUAUUUUAGGCUCAGGACUUAUGUGUUCUUUUCACUGUGUUUUUGGCGGAGUUUAAAAGGAUAAAGUUUAUUUAUCUUUUAUUUGUAUCAUUCGGUUUAUAUUUCUAUACUUUUUGUUGCAGUAAUUGUCAUAUUUCUGCUUUUGCUGGGUUUCUUUGUUUGCAUCGUCGCUCAUGUACAUGACGUCAUGAGCACGUGAACCACGAGGAAUUCGUGCCUAUUCCCCAAUAAGUAAUUGAGGUCAAUUGGACAGCGUUCUUUGUGUUUACAUUUUGUGGUUUAACUUUUUAUUUGAAUUUAUAAUCAUUAAUUUGUCUUUUGUAGGUUCUUUCUGUUUCUUUUAUUUCAGAAUGAACUUACAGGAUAGAGGUUCUU